CAUCUCUCCCGGGCUUGGAGGUGGUGGGCCCCUGCAUGCUCGUGAAGGAACUGAGUGUGAAGGAGUUGGUCGUGGAAGCCAGCAGAGCAGCCAGCAGAGCAGCCACGACGAUGAUUCCAGCAGGUUCCUGAGUCCUCGAGGCCGGGAGGAAAGCACGGCCAGUAACUCCAACCGCAGCACGCCGGCCUGCUCCCCCAUUCUCCGGAAGCGGUCCCGCUCGCCCACCCCUCAGAACCAGGACGGAGACACGAUGGUAGAGAAGGGUUCGGACCACUCCUCGGACAAGUCCCCGUCCACGCCCGAGCAAGGCGUGCAGCGCAGCUGCUCCUCCCAGUCCGGCCGGAGUGGGGGCAAAAAUUCCAAGAAAAGCCAGAGCUGGUACAAUGUGUUAAGCCCCACUUACAAGCAGAGAAAUGAAGACUUCCGAAAGCUCUUUAAGCAACUUCCAGACACGGAGCGCCUCAUUGUCGACUACUCGUGCGCACUCCAAAGAGACAUCCUUCUCCAGGGCCGACUCUACCUCUCCGAAAACUGGAUCUGCUUCUACAGCAACAUCUUCCGCUGGGAAACUCUGCUGACAGUCCGUUUGAAAGACGUCUGCUCCAUGACGAAAGAGAAGACAGCCCGCCUCAUUCCCAAUGCUAUCCAAGUCUGCACAGAUUCAGAAAAGCACUUUUUCACUUCGUUUGGAGCCCGGGAUCGGACGUACAUGAUGAUGUUCCGGCUCUGGCAGAAUGCGCUCCUUGAAAAGCCGCUGUGCCCCAAGGAGCUCUGGCACUUUGUUCACCAGUGUUACGGGAACGAGCUGGGCCUGACCAGCGACGACGAGGACUACGUGCCCCCGGACGACGACUUCAACACCAUGGGAUACUGUGAGGAGAUCCCCGUGGAGGAGAACGAAGUGAACGACAGCUCCUCUAAAAGCAGCAUAGAGACCAAACCCGAUGCCAGCCCUCAGCUGCCCAAGAAGUCCGUCACCAACAGCACGCUCACCUCCACAGGGAGCAGCGAGGCCCCCGUCUCGUUUGACGGCCUGGCGCUGGAGGAGGAGGGGCUGGAGGGCGACGGGCCCCUGGAGAAGGAGCUUGCCCUGGACAACAUCAUAGGGGAGAAGAUGGAGAUCCUUGCGCCUGUCACCUCCCCCUCCCUGGACUUCAACGACAACGAGGACAUCCCCACCGAGCUCAGCGAUUCCUCAGACACUCACGAUGAAGGGGAGGUCCAGGCCUUCUAUGAGGACCUGAGCGGCCGCCAGUACGUGAACGAGGUCUUCAACUUCAGCGUGGACAAACUCUAUGACCUGCUCUUCACCAACUCGCCCUUCCUGCGGGACUUCAUGGAGCAGCGGCGUUUCUCCGACAUCAUCUUCCACCCGUGGAAGAAGGAGGAGAAUGGAAACCAGAGCCGAAUGGUUCUCUACACCAUCACCCUUACCAAUCCGCUGGCUCCCAAAACUGCCACUGUCAGGGAGACGCAGACCAUGUACAAGGCGAGCCAGGAGAGCGAAUGCUACGUGAUCGAUGCCGAAGUCCUCACCCACGACGUGCCCUACCACGACUACUUCUACACCAUCAACCGCUACACGCUCACGCGCGUGGCCCGAAACAAGAGUCGACUCAGGGUCUCCACAGAGCUGCGGUAUCGAAAGCAGCCCUGGGGCUUGGUGAAAACCUUCAUCGAGAAGAACUUCUGGAGUGGGCUGGAGGACUACUUCCGCCAUUUAGAGAGCGAGCUGACCAAGACCGAGAGCACCUACCUGGCCGAGAUGCACCGGCAGUCCCCCAAGGAGAAGAGCAGCAAGACGCCCGCCGUGCGCAGGCGGAAGCGGCCCCACGCCCACCUGCGGGUGCCCCACCUGGAAGAGGCCAUGAGCCCCGUCACCACGCCCACCGAUGAAGAUGUGGGCCACAGGACCAAGCAUGUGGCAGGUUCCACGCAGACGCGGCACACCCCCGAGGACACCCCCAGUGGAUUCCACCUGCAGAGCGUGUCCAAGCUGCUGCUGGUUAUCAGCUGUGUUCUGGUGCUGCUGGUCAUCCUCAACACGAUGCUCUUCUACAAGCUGUGGAUGCUGGAGUACACCACCCAGACUCUCACCGCCUGGCAGGGGCUCCGGCUCCAGGAGAGGUUACCCCAAUCGCAGACAGAGUGGGCCCAGCUCUUAGAGUCUCAACAAAAGUACCACGACUCUGAGCUCCAAAAGUGGAGAGAGAUUAUCAAAUCCUCUGUGAUACUCCUUGACCAGAUGAAGGACUCGCUCAUCAAUCUGCAGAACGGCAUCCGGUCCCGAGACUACACGUCCGACAGUGAGGAGAAGCGGAGCCAUUACCACUGACAAGGCAGGAGAGGGUGACUGCAGAGACCUGUGCAAUACGUGUACAUAGACCCUAUAAAUAUAUAUAUAUAUAAAUAUAUAUAUAUACAGAAUAUAAAUAUAUAUAUUAUAUACAGAUUUUAAAGAGAUCAUACCUAUGUACCAGGGAGAAGGCGCGGCCCCCACCCCACCCCACCCCCCUGUCCAGCCAGAGCACUGGAGGGUUGAGGACAGGGACCACCUCUCAGCACCCCGCCCCCGAUCCUCCUCCUCCCUCCAUUUCUCACCGUUCCCUUGCUGGCCACUCUUGGCUCUUGGAAGGGAAGUGUUGCUGAGCCAAAGUCAGGCCUGUGAAGACCCGCGGUCUCGAGAGAAGUCUCGAGGGGGCAUUGCUUAAGGUGCUUCAUUCCCGGAUCCCUUUUUGAUUUGUUUCCAAAUAAAAGACAACCUGUUCUUCCCCA